AUGUCGUUCUCAAGGUCAUCAACGGUGACCUUGGGUCGCGAAAAUGCACCCAAUCACCAACACCAACCUGAAGAGGACCAUUCUAGACCGGAACCAAUCAAUCUUGACCUGCUAGAUGAGGACCGUGGUGAUCCCUUCCCGAAACGCCUCAUCAUUGCGGUAGACUUUGGUACCACUUACUCAGCAGUUUCAUAUGUCGACGUGCCCCAAGGAUGUCCGUCCGAUUCCGUCGACUCGAGGUCUAUUCGUUCGAUCGGAAACUACCCCGAGAACUAUAACUACCACUAUAAUGAUCCAAUGGGUUUGGAGGUUCCUACCGAGGUGAUAUAUCCCUUGGAUCGCCACUUUCGCGACCACUUUAAUCUCGAUAACCCCGAGGAACCUUCAGAGAACGGCGAUAGGGUUGCUGUACAAGCACCCGAUGAAGAUGGGGACAUCUCCAUGCUCUCGGACAUGUCUGAGGAAUUCCGGUGGGGUUACCGAGUACAUGAAGUCUGGAAUCGUCCAUCUACGCACUCCAACACCACCAACCAGCCUAUGUCCCGAUUCAAGCUGUUACUGGACCAAAGUGAGAUGACUGAAUCGGUUAGGCGGAAUGUAAGAGAGACUAUUGACACACUCAAGAGAAGGAACGUGAUCCAAGGGCCUCUUCAUGUCAUCGCUGAUUUCCUUACCUACCUUUUGGAGCAUACCCGGUCCCAGUUACGUCGUCAAGGCUUCGAUGAUAGUUAUGAGAAAGAAAUGAUACUUUGUGUGCCUGCUAUCUGGACGCAGAAAGCAUGCCGGGAUAUGCAGGCAUGCCUUGCGGCGGCCAUGAAGCGAGCCAACUUCACAAGGGCUGAUUUACAGAACAAGAGCAUUGACAACCUCUUCAUCGUUUCAGAGCCAGAGGCUGCAGCUGCGCACAUGCUUUCCACCUCGGCUCAAAUAAAGUCUGGCGAUUGUUUUGUUCUCCUUGAUGCAGGUGGCGGAACUGUCGAUGCGAACACAUAUCGAGUCAGCAGCGAGGAGCCAUUGAGACUAGAAACCGAGAUCGUGGCUCCUGGAGGUGGUCUGCAUGGAUCUAGUUAUCUCAAUGAAGGUUUCCGGGAGUAUCUCGAGGAUCUCCUGGCUGAGGAAACGUACCUCAAUGACGGCACUGAGACCAUUCAUGGAAUCGUUGAGAGAAUAACUUUCGAAGAAUUUGAAAAGAGGAUCAAGAGGGGCUUUGACUACAGGCAGCAAAGACCAAGGAAAGAGAUUUAUAUUAAAGGACUUCGUGACAAUCCCGCCAAGGGUUUCAGAAAUGAAUGCAUUUACGUUCCGAAACAAAAGAUCCAAGAGAUCUUCUUCAGGCAUCUAGACGCAAUAGUUGAGAUUGUGAAGAGUCAGCUUGAAGAAGCAAGGGGAAAAGGAUACACCGUCGGGAAAGUUGUUCUCAUUGGAGGAUUCGGAACCUCAAUUUCCCUUAGCCAGAGACUCAAGGAGUUCUUAGAAGAAUAUGGUCGGGAACAUAAUUGUCGCGUCACGUUGAUGGAGCCUCAGCAAGGAACUUCUAUCAUCAAUGCGGUAGCAUCAGGGGCUGUUCUUAGAGCUCUGAAUAAGGCGAAUGGCCCAGAGAGGAUAGCUCGUUCAAGUUAUGGAAUAAUGCGUUCUGAACCUUUCGAACUGUAUGAUGAGCACAAAGGUCUCACGCCGUCUUAUGACAACCACGAUGGGAUGGCAUACAUCAAGCGAACGAUCGAUUGGGUCUUGAAGCUAGGAGAAGUGGUUCCAUCGGUAUGGCAGUGUGAGCCCUUUACCUGCAGUCAUACAUUCGACGUAUGGCCUGUCCGGCCCUUUAUCUGCAAAGAGGUAUUAUACGUGUCAGAUCGUGCAACAAAAUCGCACUAUAGAAAAACUCAUCCCAACAACGAAGGUGCCGAGUGUGUUGGCGAGAUAGAGGUUGACUUCUCUUCACUUCGAGAUCGAUUAGUCCCAAUUGAGCCUGGUUUUAAUAAGAAUCAGCGAAAAGUUGGGAAAAGACAUUAUAGGAUCGACUUUACGAUGGUUAUUAAGGUUGUGGAUCGCGACUUGGAAUGCUUUGCCAUUCAUGACCAAAAGGUAGUCAAGAAAUGUCGCAUUAACAUCGCUUCUGGCUUUAGGCCCGGAGUGAAAUAG